AGAGGAGACGAAACCGGCGGAGAAGGUCGAGGGAAGAGCGACUGAGAAGUACCCCUUUGACAUCACGUGGAUGACCGAGUCCAACAAGAGGGUGCUCGACAACUUCAUUACGUGGUACAAGCUCCAGCUCUCUCAGCUCGUCAAUAUCCUCAACCCCGUCAACUGGAACCUCGACGUGGUGUUCCCAGCCGUGAGCUCCGUCAUCACCUUGUACACGGGCCCCAUCGUCGCCCUGGGAAUCCUCCUCCUCAUCUUCAUCACCAUCCCGACGUUCGUGAGCGGCCUCCUGCUCAACCCCAUAGGCAGGAGCUUCGAUGGAGCGUUGUUCUCCCCGACCAUUGACGCCGUGUGGUACGCGGUGCAGAGGGCCCUGGACCACACGGAUUUCCAAGAAUAGGAGAUCUGACCUGCCUUCCCUACGACACUGGCGAUGUUUGGCCUGUUAUGCGAUAUUAACACGUGUUUUUUACUGCCGGUCACUGUUGUAGUUUUGAAAGGAUUGAUACUACGUGCCAUGGAGUACUGCUCUUGAUGAUACCUUAUAAUACUCAUUGAAUCUAGUUAAGAUUUUAGGAUUACU